ACUAACACGGCUACUAUUUGGGACAUAUUGUAGAAAUGUAACCACACGCACGACAGGACUGACAGUACAGACACAGCAGAUAGCCAGCAAGGCUUUGCCAGGACAGCAAGGCUUUGCCAGGACAGCACGACAAAAUAACAAAUGCACCAACCUUUUUGAAAGGGUUAAAGAAUCAAAGUAACAAGAUCUUGGAGUAAAAAAAUCUCCAGGUGUUAAGGGCAGCUACCAGGAAGUUAAGAUUGUAACCAAGAUCCAUGGCUUCGAUUAGUGAUGAGGGUGGUUCCCCAUACAAUUUGCGGAAAAAAAUUCCACAUAAGGGUCCGUCACCAAGGGCACCUAUAAGAAAAAAGGAUGAAAAGGUAAACAACUAUGAUUCAAGUUCUGCAGAAGAGGAACGAGAAUCUACAUCUCCGUUGAAAGAAUCCCCUUCACCUGGUGUUGUGGAUGUGUCAAAGUCGUCCAAGGGAGGAUCUCUCUCUCCUCAAAAAUCACGCAAAACACGUUCACCAGCUGGCAGUCCACAAUCUGACAAAGGAUUUUCAAGCAAUUCUAGCUUUGAACAAAGUCCAUCACCUGUUAGAAGAAGCAAUACCAAACAGAGUCGUUCUGCUCAGAAAACAAGCACAGGAUCUAGCCAAGCACAGAGUCAAUCUAGCAUGUUCAUUAAUGCUCUUGGAAUUGUGGUGGUGGUGGUUCUAGCUUGCAUCCUUUAUCAUUAUGUGCCAUAUGCUCCAAUCAGCAAUGAAGACCCUUUUAAAGGUAAUCUGGAUCCAGAUGAAAAUACCAGAAUUUCUUUUGAACAUUUUCAAGACAAGUUUAUGGAAUUUAAAAUGAAAUUUCCAGGACAAGACAGGAAUUUUUGGAGGACAGUUUUUGGCAUGCUCCGUCCCAUGAUAGUGGAGCCAAACCCUGCAGCUCCUGCUGUAUUGAUGAUGGUUGUCCCCGAAAACCAGCACGGAGAGUCGCCCACUGCAGAAUGCUUAGCUAGACAGUUGCUAACCCUUUACUCUGGUCUGUUUAACAGAUCCCUAGGGAGCCAGGAAUCGUGUAUACAUAUUAAAAAUGACCUCAAACACGAAAGUGCUGCAAAAGAUAAGAAAGAACUAGAUAAAAAGCUUCAGUAUGUUUUUGGACAAUCCGCAGGGAAAGGUGUCAUUCUGGACAAUUUCGAAUCAUUAUCUCCAUUUGCUGCUCUCCUUCUGCAUGGUUACUGUGACGGUGAUAACGCCCCAUAUAAAGAUGUGCUGUUUAUUCAGAUUGUCCAUACAAAUAAGCAGGCAGAGGAACUAACUAGUCAGAAGAAUUUCAUGGACAAAUAUCUGACGGAUUUGUGGAUCAGCGACCUUGAUGAAGACAAGAUACAGCCAUUGCUUACAAGAAUCGCAAAUAAUGUUGCCAUGGUUACACCAGAGAAUGAACAAACUCUUAGUCAAAACUGUUAAAUAUAUUAUGUGAUUUUUUUUUUUUUACCUGUGAUCAUGAUUCAAGCAUAUUUUCUAAAU